AUGGUCCGGGUUCACGCGUUGUCUCAUUCCGCCGCUCUCUUGCGAGCGCAGAAUCUUGGCGACAACCAGAUUACCAGCAUUGCUGCCUCUGCAUUCGCAGGCCUUAACGCGCUGGCACAAUUGACUCUGCACGACAACCUGAUCACUAGCAUUUCUGCCUCUACAUUCACAGGCCUGUCUGCGCUGAAGGUCUUGUAUCUGAACAGCAACCAGCUCUCCAACAUUUCGACCUCUGCAUUCUCAGGCCUGACUGCGCUCAGUUUCAUGGAUCUGUCCGCGAACCAGCUCGCCGACAUUUCUGCAACCGCCUUCACCGGCCUGGCUGGGCUGAAGCUAUUGACUUUGAAUGACAACCCCUUCACCACUUUGCCGCCUGGUCUGUUCCAGGGCCUGCCAAACAGCCUGCGCCUGUCGUUUGGUUCUGGCCUGUAUUACCAAUAUCUGAGACCGAACAACUUUACCUUUGGUGGAAAUACUGUCGCUCCGCCCAGCACAUACGGCAAUGCAACCUAUCCCUACAUCGCCUCAGCCGUCUCUGGCUCGGUAGCGUCCGCUGCGACAAAAGCAUCCAUCGCCUCCGCCGCUUCAGCCGCUUCCGCGCAAUCUGCCUCAGCUGCCUCCGCUGCCUCAACCAUGUUUGCAUCAAUCGCCUCGGCCGCCUCUAUCUCGGGUGCUUCUGUGGCGUCAGUUGUGACAAAAGCAUCGAUCGCCUCCGUCGCCUCGAUAAAAUCGGCCUCGGCUGCCUCGAUUGCAUCAACCAGAUCUGCAUCGGUCGCGUCAGUCGCCUCAGUCGCCUCAGUCGCUUCUGCAUCUGUUGCCAUGGCUGCCUCGGCUGCUUCUUUUGCUUCAACCGCCUCUGCCUCGAUUGCGUCUCUUGUUUCCGCCACUUCUGCUUUGUCGGCAUCUUUUGCUUCACGCGCUGCAGCGUCUUCGGCGUCCAUUGCCUCACAGGCGUCCGCAUCGGUCGCUUCUGUAGUUUCCGCUACCUCGGCGCUCUCGGCGUCUGCCGCGUCAACCGCAUCGGCAUCUGCGGCGUCUGCUGCAUCUACCAUUGCGAAAAACGGUGGCGGUUUCCAAGACUCAUCUCCAGCUGCUGCCAUCGCUGCUGCAGUUGUGGCUGUUGCCGUUGUUGCGAUAAUUGCAGUGGUAUUCAUCGCGUGGCGACGCCGGCGCUCGCAACGUCGUUCAGCCAUGAAACCAAAGGACUCGGCGGACGCAGUUGAGAUGACAAUCUCUCCCCUGAACCAUUCGACUCGAUUCCCCAAAGCAGAGAAAACUCUGGCCUACGACAAUGUCAGCCAUAAGCAGCCAGAACCGACGGACUCUGCCGGUCCCAUCUAUCACGAGGCGUCAGAACUGGCAGACUCUUCUACGCCCUAUUCGACGCGAGCUCAUAGAGAGGAGGGCAGCUCAUCAGCUUACGCUACAACCGGUCAAAGGCAGCCAGAACCCUUGUACCACGCCAUCUCACCGACCUCUACAGAGCUGGUCUACGACAAUGAAAGCGUGUACCUUGCUGGCAGCAAUUCUCAUCGCGUUCGUGAAGGGUUGACGAUUGUGAAGUACCUUGCAAGCGGCAACUUUGGCGAUGUAGCCCUUGGUCAGGUGCCGUUCAACUUGUUGCCCCAACGAGCACAAGCCUUGCUUGGACCUGCAGCAUCCGACACGGUGCAAGUUGCAGUCAAGUCUCUCAAGUCUGAUGCAGACGAGAAAUCCCGAAAGGACUUUGAAAGCGAGGCGAAAUUGAUGGCUCCGUUUGUGCACCCUAACGUUGUUCGCAUGCUCGCAGCCCUGGUCGAGUCAGAGCCCCACCUCGUUCUGCUCGAGUUUGUGCAGUACGGAGACUUGCGCAUGCUGCUGCAAAAGUCCAAGCUUUACUCUCUUUGGUGGACUCAGAACGAGCAGGUGUAUGUCAUUCGCCAGAUUGCACUCGGCAUGGAAUAUCUGGGCACGCUCCACUUUGUGCACCGCGAUCUCGCCGCGCGAAACUGUCUUGUGGGGCAAGGAAUGGUGGUCAAGAUUGCUGAUUUUGGACUUUCUCGCGAAUUGGGCACCGACGAUGAUUAUUACCGCAUGGAAACGCGAGGCAAACUUCCUGUGAAGUGGAUGGCACCGGAAACAAUUACUUUCCGCAAGUUCUCGUCCAUGUCGGAUGUGUGGUCGUUUGGUGUGACAGCCUGGGAAUGCUGCAGUUAUGGUGCAACUCCGUACGGCACGCUGAAGGCCACGGAGACACUGGCUCAUGUGGAGGCUGGUGGUCGCUUGCCCAUGCCUGAGCACUGCGCAACCGACUUGUUUAGCCUGAUGCUGAGUUGUUGGAAUCUGAUCCCGGACCUGCGGCCAAGCUUUACGCAGCUCGCCAAAGCUCUGAAAAGCUUUGAGGAUGGCACGAACAUUCGCGACAUUGGCGCAAUGGUGUAA